GAGGCGGCGGGGUCUCGGUCCUCUUGCUUUUUCCUUGUUUUCCCUAAACUAUUCCCAGCACAAGAUCUCCUCCGACUCGGAUCAGCAACACACACACACACGCACAUACACAACACUGAAGUCGACUGAUUUAUUUUGGACUUUGAGAUACCGGAUGUGAACAUGUAAACGUCUGGGUCGGCUCAAGGAUCGAGAUUUCAGUGUCCCUUCGGCUUUUCCUUUUCCUCAAGUUUCCCAGUUUGAAGCGGAACAACUCGGCUGUUUCUGGAAGAGGAAGGAGAGGCCGUGUGUAAGUGCCUGUUAAUAACCCAACAAUGGUCAUGGUAUGGGCGUGACAUGACAGCUGAGGAGAACCUCGAUCCUUUCGCAUGCACGCGCACCCACAAGCAAAAUGUGUCUUUUAUAUCCGAGAGCCCAGCUGGAGUGAAUGAGGGACAGCACGAGCACCGCGAUGGACGAAUCGGCCCUGCUGGAUCUGCUUGAGUGCCCGGUGUGCCUAGAAAGGCUAGAUGUCACCGCCAAGGUACUGCCGUGCCAGCAUACGUUCUGCCGCCGCUGCCUGCUUGGCAUCGUGGGAUCGCGCGGCGAGCUGAGGUGCCCUGAAUGUCGCACGCUUGUGGAGAGCGGCGUGGACGAGUUGCCCAGCAACAUCCUUCUUGUGCGCUUGCUCGACGGCAUCAAGCAACGGCCCUGGCGAGCAGGUACGGGUUGUACCAACGGCUCGGCUGGCGGGGGAGGCAGAGAGCAUGCGAACCCGGGAACGCAACCCCAGAGAGCUCAGACCAAAAGUUCUGCUGUCAGGGGCGUACCCCAGCUCCCGUGCGCCAAGGCCUUGUACAACUACGACGGCAAGGAACCCGGUGACCUCAAGUUCGGCAAGGGUGACAUCAUCAUCCUGCGCCGGCAGGUGGACGAGAACUGGUAUCAUGGCGAAGUGGGCGGAGUGCACGGCUUCUUCCCGGCCAGCUUCGUUCAGGUGAUCAAGCCACUCCCACAGCCACCACCUCAGUGCAAGGCCCUGUACGAUUUCGAGCUGAAGGACAAGGAGGCUGACAAGGACUGCCUUCCCUUCUCAAAGGAUGACAUUCUGACAGUAAUUCGACGUGUGGAUCAAAACUGGGCUGAGGGAAUGCUGGGAGAUAAGAUCGGCAUCUUCCCCAUAUCCUAUGUAGAGUUUAACUCGGCUGCACGGCAGCUCAUCGAGCUCGACAAGGUGCCAGACGACUCCGCCGAGGGCACGUCCUCCUCUUCCUCAUGCUCCUCAGGCCCUCAAACCAACGGCUCACACAAAGCACCAGGCGAGAAAAAGAACAGCAAGAAGCGCCACUCGUUCACCUCACUGACCAUGUCCCAUAAGCCUUGCCUGGCCCCGCCGCCACAGCGCCACUCCAUGGAGAUCAGCGGCCCCGUGCUGAUCAGCUCCUCGAACCCUACAGCGGCGGCGCGCAUCGGAGAGCUUAGCGGGGGUUUGUCUUCAAGCGCCCCCUCCCAGGUUCACAUUUGCACAACAGGCUUGAUCGUCACCCCACCUCCCAGCAGUCCUGUAACGACGGCGACGGUCUUCACUUUUCCUCCAGAGACCAGCUACGCCUCGAUCCCAGUGGACACUUUACCUCCUCCUCCACCUCCUCCCCCACAAUCCUCCACUGUGGGCGCCACAUCCUCGUUGGCCGCAGGACAGAGGCCGUCCCCCACCACAAGUGACCAGAGUGGACGACAGAGACCGACUGUGUACAUUGCGAUGUUCCCGUACACCCCUCGUAAGGAGGAUGAGCUGGAGCUGAGAAAGGGCGAGAUGUUCCUGGUGCUGGAGCGCUGUCAGGACGGCUGGUUUAAAGGAACGUCCAUGCACACCGGCAAGAUUGGAGUCUUUCCUGGCAACUACAUGAGUCCUGUCAGCAGAACUGUGGCAAACAGCAGUCAGCCCAAAGUGCCGUUAGCAAUGUGCUCGCAGGCUGGACGCGGCGUCACCUUAGUUAGCUCCUCGCCCUCCCCCAUCGGAGCUGCCCUGGGUGGUGUUGACCCCAACAAGCCACUCCCUAUUUGCACAGGUCCCGCCCCUUCGAGCCCAAUUCCAGCCACUGUAGUGACAGCGGCUCAUGUGCCACCUGGUCAGCAUCCCAAAGUGCUCAUGCAUGUGACGUCACAGAUGACCGUGAACCAGGCUCGAAACGCUGUGAGGACCGCUGUGUGCCACACUCAGGAUCGGCCCACUGCAGCUGUAACACCCAUCCAAUCCCAGAACGCCAUGGCUUUCCUGCCUCACCUGGCCGUGUGUCCGCAGCCGUCACCUGGUUGCAUUUCCGCUUCGAACCCUACGUCAAACAGAUUGGGAGCGGCUAUGGGUUGCGCCGCCACCUCGCUUACCCCACCCAACAUCAGCGCUGCUUCUUUGGAGGUCGACGGCAUGAGACCCAACGCCAUGAUGUCACUCCCGGUUGCUUCUGGUAACGGCAAGCCUCACGGUGCCACCGCAGCAAAUCAGGCUUCUGGAUGUAAACUAGACAAGGACUGCAAGAGGGAGAAGAAAGGUCUGUUGAAGCUGUUGUCAAACAAAAAGAAACUCCGCCCCUCUCCCCCGUCUUCCCCGACUCUGGAGGCGGAGCAAGCCGUCGCCGCGGACAUGCCGCAAGGAGCCAUGGCACCUGAAAUUCCCGUGCCCAGCCCAACACCAAUGGCCGGUGGAAACCAUUGCCGGAGCGGGCCCUGUCCUGUGGAGGUGGAGACGCCUGCACCUUCUUCAUCGUCAUCUUCAUCAUCAGCGGCGUCGGCAUCAUCAUCAAAUUCUGACGCUGCACGCCGGAGUGGCUGUCAGGAAAACUCCGCCCCUAUCGCGCCUCCACCACGACAACCGUGCUCCUCUCUUCUGUCCAUGCAGCACGACGGACGGCCAAUAGUGUGCGAGAGGUACCGCGUGGUGGUGUCUUACCCUCCACAGAGCGAGGCCGAGCUGGAGCUGAAGGAGGGCGACAUCGUGUUCGUGCACAAGAAGCGCGAGGACGGCUGGUUCAAAGGCACGCUCCAGAGGAACGGCCGGACUGGCCUCUUUCCCGGCAGCUUUGUCGACAGCAUCUGACUCGAACACAUGCUUGAUAUCAGGCAAAAUUACACCAAGCUGUUAUGAGGUUAGCAGCCGCCGUUGCCUGGAAAUCUUCUGGCAACGACCCAGCGAAAGGACGAGUAUCAGCAGCGUCUACUUGAUGGCGGAUCUAAGCACAAAUCAACUUUUUUUUGUCUUUUUUUCUUUUUGAUAAACACAUCCUGGACGCCAUGGGACUUUCACAGUCUCCUGGAGCAGAACACAAACUUAACUGCAGUUUUACACAGAGACAUGUUAAAACACACAAAGCACAUAUUUCAAGCACAUGUACAAAACAGACAGCCUGAGACCGCGCUCACUCUCCGAGGAGACUCGAAGGAGAGUCGAGCCAAUCCGUUAAUUUAUGUACCUGUAUUUCAGAACGAUUUAAAUGCAUGCCUUGUACGGCAUCACUUUAUUGUAUAUAAGCAAACAGAGCUUAUCUAUGAGUGGACUGAGCAAAGCUGAAAAGGAUGAAUUUAUUAUACUCCUUUUUAAAAAUGAUGUAGUGUCGAUUGUAGGGUGUUGUUGGAUGAUUAACAUACGAACUAUAAUUGGCUGCCCCCGAUGUGUCGCCGAUUUGCGUCUCCUGGUCAUCGCCGGAUGGAAUCGCCGAUCGCGAAUUGCUUCAACAGAACGGAUGUUGGUCACCGCCCAGUGAAACUACUGUUGAUCAUCUUGAAGAUAGAGUUGCCCUUUAAUUUACUACUGAUUAAAAAAAAAAUACUGAUAUUCGAAUUGUAUUCAGUGCAUAUAAAUAUACAUAGAGAAAUUGCGAUUACUUGAUUAAGGGGUUGGUGGAUUUAUGAGCAAAACAAAGCGGUUCUAUUGAGUGGAUUGUCGAGCGUCGAAGUUGCGAUGGUAAAUCCUAGUGAACAUGACUGAGUGUUACGGAAAAAGGAGGAACGAUGUAACGGAUCUGCUGUAGAUUUUAUUCUGUAAUGUGGUUUAGAGGUAGUGUGGUUAAUACUUAUGAUAUGAUAUAACUUUUGAUAUUUAAAAACGGCAACGAAAAGUAAAAUACACUCCAUAGAAAAGCAUCUGAGCAGAGAUGGCGUAGACUUUUAACUCAAAUUGUACUAAUUAUAUUUCUGUAUUAAAAUAUGAUAGCUGCUGGCUCCCUUUGUGUUUUUUUUUUUUUUUUAUAUAACUGACAGCUGAGUGAUGGAUCACUAAAGCACACAUUCUUUUACGUUUGGUGUCGUCUUGUGUUUGUGUGUGUGGGUGUGUGUGCUCGAGCAUGUGUUGCUGUGUGUUCCUGAUUUACACCUAAUGUUUAGUCUAUUGCACUAUGCUCAACAGAGGAGGGAUUGAUUUAUUUCGAUCAUGGUGCAACAGCCCUUGAGCCCGGCGUUCCAUCUAUGGGGUUCCUUAUUUUGCAUCACAGUUUCAUCUGUGGUGGUCUGGUCAGGCAUGCAGGUCGAAGUUUGUGGUAUAAUCUUAGACUUUUUGUGCAACUCAUUCGAGGUGCGUGUUAUGAAACAUCAAGACCAUACCACAAACCCAUGGCUUGCAUCAAAUAUAAUUUUUCCCCUUAAACAUCCUCUUCUGCACAUAAUAAACCCAUUAUGCUUGAUGUACUUUUGACAGAAUGAAAGAAAUUGUCAUUUAAAAAAAAAAAAAAGUUCUAUUAUUCAAAUCAAAAAGUCUUAAAUUAGUGACCAAAACCUUAUGCAGUCAUAAUUUGUCCCUUUCAUAAUUCCCAGAGGCAUUUCUACCUGAUCCAGUGUUUUACCUUCCUGUAAACCUUAAACAUAAUUUACUUUGAUUGCUGGUUAGCAAACAUUGAUGAUUGAUGUGAUUGCAAAAUGCUGUUUACAAGUAUGUGCUGGUGUAGCUUGUUUUUUGUUUUUUUGGUACGGGAAGCUCAAGUGCCUGUUCUGUGCUGUCGAGUCCGCCUGAGAUAAUUCUGUCAAUAAAGUUGCACAAACUCAAGAAAACAAUGAGAUUCAUACCGAAGCGGACACGUUAAUUUACUCCAUCUUUAUUUCUUUAGUCAUACGCACCUUUUUUUUAACACUCCCCCUCCCCCCAUAUAGCUGUCUAGGCACCUCUUCAUCGUGCUAGCCCAAAUGAUUCUCAUGCCUUGUUAGAGAGACAAAGUACUAAACCUGACUUGAACACAAAAUCUUGUUUCAUUAUUAUUAUUUUAUUAUUAUUAUUAUUUUCAAGACAACCCUUUUUGUUGCUGGUUUUAGUACAUGCUCGACUGUAUGUCUGCUAGUGGUGACGUUCCCUCUUAUUCAGUACUAAAUUCUUGGAAGAUAGUCAUUUUGUAAUGUGUUUAACUGUAAUAAAAGAUCAUGAUUUCUAAAAGA